AUGCCACUCCUACCACUCACCGGCCUUCCCUCCUCCCUCCGCUACCUGAUACAACAAUGGCGUCCUCGCACAGCCACAUCCCCCGGCCCUGCUCUGAGCAGUCGGGUGCUCGAUGUCGUCAGAAAAACGUGGGAUCUUGGCUUCACGGCCUUCGGCGGACCGCCGGUUCACUUCCAGAUUCUACAUGCACGGUUCGUGGAGCGGGAGAAUCUGCCAGGGCCUGCCCGGGCCCGCAAGCACAAAGAUGCUCUUCUGUCUGACGCUGCUAAGGGCAGGCGCAUAGACGAUACCCUUCCAGCCGCCGUCUACGCACUGCUUUCGGGGCUGAACGCAUCAACAGUAGGGAUUAUCGCGCUUGCAGCGGUACAGCUCGCGGAGAAAGCGGUCCGUGAUAAGCUAUCGCGGCUGCUUGUUAUAUUUGGAGCUUGUGCAGGGCUGUGUUAUAGCGCGCUCUGGUACUUUCCCCUCCUCAUGGUGGUUGGGGGUUUUGUCACGGCUGCUUGGGAUGGGUGGGGAGCGAGGUGGGUUAGAGGAGUGAAGAGGUGGCGGAGGGAAAGAGGUUCAGCAUUGGAUGGCACUGGGAGUCAAGAACUAGAGGAGGGUAAUCGAGAUGGGGAUGAGGCUGUAGAUGUCGAGAGGGUUGAUGUGAGGACUGUCGCGGACGGAGAGAUGCCGCGACUGAGAAGACCAGCAGGCUCGACUGACCUGGACACCAUUCCCCUGGCAAAUGUACCAGCAGGAUCAGAUAUCACUCCAUCCUUGAAUCCAGCUCAGGAUCAGGGCCAUGUCGUGCGUGUGCGAAUCGGCGCUGCCAUCCUGGUCUCUUUUUUCGCCUCGUUCAUUACGAUUCUCACAAUACGCGCCCGCCUCUCCUCGCCCCCAUUACCCCUCUCCCUGUUCAGCAACAUGUACCUCGCCGGCACGGUUAUCUUCGGCGGCGGCCCUGUAGUCAUCCCCCUCUUGCGCAGUUACGUCGUCGACCCAAACUGGGUCUCAAGCCGUGACUUCCUGAUCGGCUUAGCCAUCAUUCAGUCCUUCCCCGGUCCUAACUUCAAUUUUGCAGUCUUUCUGGGCGCACUCACUCUCUCCGCCUCACAUCACAGCGUCCUCGGCGCGAUGCUAUCCGGUUUUGCCAUCUUUAGCCCGGGCUUAAUUCUUGCCGUUGCGGUACAGAGUUUCUGGCGGGCUCUGCGACGGAAGAUGUACGUCGUUCAUUUUCUGCGAGGUGUCAAUGCCGCCGCGGUAGGGCUGGUGUUUACGGCUGUGUAUCGACUAUGGGAGAUUGGGUAUCUGCGGCAGGGCCGAUCGAGUGAGGAAGGUGUCAGUUUGGGGAGGGAGCCAUGGUGGGUUGUUGUUGCUGCUGUCUCCUAUAGUGGAACUCGGUGGUUUAGGGUGCCGCCUGCCGUGGCGAUCGUUGCAGGCGCUGCGUUGGGGAUUGCGUGGUGGGGGGUCGUUGGGGCCCUAAACGCCCAGCUGCAUCCCGCAGUCCCCUCAACCCUCGUUGAUCUUUUUACCUCAACGCUAUACUUUGCAAACUUGCUCCUCUUUCUCAUCAUUCUGCCUACUUUGUAG